GCCUCUUUGGUUCAUUUUCACAGGCCUUGGAUGUCAGUGGAGAGGAAUGGCGCGGCAGAUGAUGGAGUUUGAUGUAUUUGCACGAUCACUAAACAAGUCGCACCAGGUCCUAUCCCAAUUCUCCAUUGACCUGAUUAGGGAAGUGACGAGUGAAAAUUAUAGUGAUGCCAUGUCUUCAGUAUUCGCCUCCAUCACAGCAAUUCAGGUAGCGCUGGUAGAUGUGCUUUUCGCCGUAGGUCUUCGGCCGGACGGCAUAGUGGGUCACUCGUUGGGCGAGAUCGCCUGCGCCUACGCGGACGGAUGCUUGACGGCCGAGCAGACCGUGAUGUGUGCUUACUGGCGAGGCCGCUGCGUGGAACUGGGCGACUUGCCGAAGGGAUCCAUGGCGGCCGUAGGCUUGACGUGGGAAGAGGCCAAACGACGCUGUUGUGACGGAGUGGUACCAGCCUGCCACAACGCCGUGGAUUCAGUGACUGUGUCUGGACCACCAGAUGCAGUUUCCAAAUUGGUACAACGGCUGAGGGAUGAAAACGUGUUCGCCCGAGAAGUGGAGGGCGCAGACAAGGCCUUCCACAGCCAACACAUUCGAAAAAUUGCGCCAGCCUUGCUUGAAGCCUUGGAAACGGUGAUUCCGCAGCCAAAGCCUCGCAGCCAACGCUGGGUGUGCUCAUCGGUUCCUGAGAGCCGCUGGCACGAGCCCAUCGCCCAGACAUCCUCGGCCGAGUACCACGUCAACAACCUUCUCUCACCCGUGCUUUUCUACGAGGCCCUACAGCAUGUGCCUAAGAACGCCGUCGUGGUGGAAAUCGCACCUCACUGCUUAUUACAGGCAAUCUUGCGCCGUGCUCUGGGCAGUGAAGCCACCUGCCUGGGCCUCAUGAAGCGCAACGUGGACAACCUGGCGUUCUUUCUCAACUCACUGGGCAAGCUGCACGUUCUAGGCGUGAAGAUGGACCUGUCACCGCUGUAUCCACCGGUGCCUAUGCCCGUACCACGCGGCACUCCCAGCAUAGCACAUCUUGUCAGCUGGGACCACUCGCAAUCGUGGACCGUCACUAAGUGGGAGCACUUCGGGCCGUCAUCAAAGUUGUCCCAGGACAUUGUCGAGUUGGACCUUGCGGACAAUGGGCCAGACUCCUACUUGACUGGCCAUCAAAUUCAAGGGCGGAUACUGUUCCCUGCGGCUGGAUAUAUAGUCCUUGCCUGGAAGUCACUGGCAAAGCGCUGCGGCAAGCCUCUCUACAAGGUUCCUGUGGUUCUAGAAGACGUCAGAUUUCACCGAGCCGCCAUUAUGCAAAUAAACGGUACCACGCGCUUCAACGUCACCAUUAUGGAGGGAUCGGGUCAGUUCGAGAUCUCUGAGGCUGGGGCAGUGGCAGCUAGCGGCCGUAUUAGAAUGGCUGGAGAGAACGAGAAAAUCAUCGACAUGGAACCGCCAUGCCCGAACGCCGCUGAUAUCGCGUCUUGCGAUCUCGAUGCCGAAGACGUCUACAAAGAGCUGAGACUUCGUGGUUGUGAGUACUACGAUCAAUUCCAAGGCAUCCUCAAGGCCAACAUAAAAAGGCCGAAUGGCAUGCUCAAGUGGGACAACAACUGGAUUACAUUCAUAGACACAAUGAUUCACGGCAGUAGUCUUGCGUACCCCAAACGAGCCCUGAAGCUUCCCGUAAAGAUAAUUUCCUGCCGCAUUGACCCCGUCGUUCACAUGGAGAUGACUAAGAAGGCAACGGAAUCAGGUGUAGGUUACGUCUACGAUAAACGCAUGCGUACAUGCCGUUCCGGAGGCAUCAUUCUGCAAGGGUUAAAGUGCAACACCGCUCCACAGCGUGUCACGGAAGAUGUCAUGGUACUCAACGAGUACGCAUUUGUGCCUCAUAUAGACAGUGAGUAUACCAGGCAGAGAAGACAGGCAUACCUCCAAGAAUACAUUGACGCGUGCAGUGGAGCUGCGCAAUGCAUACUACAAAACUACUGCGGUGAAGAAUCCGAAUCUCUCGAAGCUGGGAAAUGCAUUUACAAUGCUUCGGAAGAGGUAAAGGAAUACAACCUAAAAAAUAAAGCGGAGAAUCAGGGGCUGCUGAAGACCCUCACUUCCAUUCAAGAAGAAAUGAACCGUUCCGAUCUCUCGCUAGUGCAAAUCAUCCAAUCAGCUAUGGAGGCCUACGAGAAAGAACUAGAAAGUGAUGUCAUUAGGACAGCUCUGUUUGAAGAAGAUCCCUUGAGACACCUUCUCGAUGUUGUGGUGGAAAACACUAGCGCCACGAAACUUGAAGUCUGUGAGUUAGUCACCGGAAAAAGUCACUGCAUUCUGUCUUCCCAGUUUACUCAACUUCUUGCUAUGGCAAAAACAAGGCUAAACGUUGACUACACUGUCGCUUUCCCGUCUGACAUUAACUUCACAUCGGUGAAUGUUCCAGAAGGAACCAGUUUACUUCAUUGGGAUCCCUCUGCAGUUCCGAAUAAAAAACUGCCCGAAGCUGACUUGCUUGUGGCAUGCCUUACCACGUGGGGAUCCAGCCAGUUAGAAAUUCUAGCUCAACAACUUUCAGUGCAAAGCAAAAAACAAGGAUUCAUCCUGAUUGCCUUGCGCACCGCAGUGACACCUGCCGAGCAAGCUUUAAUGUCUAUGGGCUGCAUUCAACUUCAAGUACACAAAGAAGACGACGUGGAGUCGUUUUUCAACUCUUAUGGGUUCACCGUCAUUGGUCUGAAAUCAAAUAAUUUCACAACACUGCUGCUUCUGAGGAAAACCAAAGGUAUUCUCGAAGAAGCGAAGCCUGAGGUUCUCGAUGUGUCCAGCGACAACUUUCAUUGGAUCGAGGAGCUAAAGGCAAAAGCGAUCGAAUACGAGAACAUGCCAGACGGACACACUCUUUGGCUGCUCGCUGAUGACAACGAUACAAGCGGCAUCCUCGGCUUGGCAAACUGCCUCCGAUGGGAGACAGGAAGAAGGCAUCUUAGGUGCAUACUUACCACAAGCAUGAACGAGUCGAAACCCAUCGUGGACUUCAGUCCAAACAACCGUUUGUGUAACACUUUACUCAAGCAGGACCUAGUAGUGAACGUCUAUAGAGACGGGCAGUGGGGAUCCUUCCGUGAUACGAGCGCCAUUUUUCGUGGCCCCCAAACUAUCGACACGGAGCUCGCCUUACUCAACGUGCAGACGCGGGGCGACCUGUCCAGCCUCCAGUGGUACGAGUCGCCGCUGCGUUACGCUAACCCGUCCAAUCGUAGCGACAGAGUCUUGUGUACUGUGUACUAUGCCUCGGUCAACUUCAGGGACGUCAUGAUCGCCACUGGAAAGCUCUCACCCAAUGGGCUUCCACGUGACCAAGCCGACUACGAGUAUCAUCUGGGUCUAGAGUUCUCAGGACGUGACCCCCAAGGUCGCCGAGUCAUGGGUUUUGUGGAAACUCAGGCCAUGGCCACAGCUGUGUUGGCAGAUACGGAAUAUCUCUUGGAGGUGCCUGAAAACUGGACCCUCCAGGAGGCCUCAACUGUCCCUGUAGUUUACAUGACUGCCUACCUUGCUCUGAUUGUGCGCGGAAAUAUGCUUCCAGGAGAGUCGCUGCUUGUUCACUCGGGAAGUGGCGGUGUCGGGCAAGCAGCUAUUUCUAUCGCUUUGGCGAUGGGGUGCACAGUCUUCACUACCGUCGGUUCGCAAGAGAAGCGAGAUUUCCUCAAGAACCGCUUCCCACAGCUCGAAGACCGACACAUCGCAAACUCGCGUGACCUUUCCUUUGAAGAACACAUCAUCAAAGAAACUGAUGGCCGAGGUGUGGACCUUGUGCUGAAUUCGUUGGCCGAAGCGAAGCUCCAGGCCAGUCUACGCUGUCUAGCAGAACAUGGGCGCUUCCUGGAGAUUGGGAAGUUUGACAUGUCCAAGGACUCGCCUCUGGGCAUGUCGGUGUUCCUCAAGAGCAUCAUAUUCCAUGGUAUAACGCUGGAGUCUCUGAGUGGAGACAACCGCUUCAUCGCGGAAAAGAGACAUCAAGUUAUGAAGCUCGUCCGCGAUGGUAUUGCAUCGGGCGUUGUGCGACCACUGAGUGCCGUUAAAUUCAAGAGCAACCACGCCGAGGAAGCCUUCAGGUUCAUCGCCACAGGAAAGUGCCUGGGGAAAGUUGUGCUAGAGAUCCGGCCUGAAGAAGCGCAGCCACUGGGAACACCUGCGGCACCAGUUAUAGUGAAGGCCAUCGCGUGCACUCGGUUCUACGAACGGAAGUCUUACGUUAUCGUCGGAGGCCUGGGUGGUUUCGGCUUGGAGCUCGCCGAGUGGAUGGUGAACCGUGGAUGCAGAAAGCUGGUUUUGACCACGCGUUCUGGAGUGCACACAGGAUACCAGCGUUUUUGCCUGCAUCGAUGGAGAGAAGCGGGUGCCAGCGUCCUUGUGAGCAAAACCGAUGCCUCCACGCUGAAUGGCUCUCUGCAGAUCAUCAAGGAAGCCGAGGCCAUGGGCCCCGUUGGUGGCAUCUUUAACCUAGGCGCAGUGCUUCGCGACGCGCUUUUGGAGAACCAGACAGCCGAGGCCUUCGAAGCUGUAUGCAAAAUCAAGAUCGACGGCACCCGGUACUUGGACGAGCUGUCCCGCACGUUGUGCCCAGAGCUUGACCACUUCGUCGUUUUCUCUUCUCUCACCUCCUGCCGGGGCAACAUUGGUCAGAGCAACUACGGCUAUGCUAACUCCGCUAUGGAACGCAUCUGCGAGCGUCGAGCUGCAGCCGGACUACCCGCGCUGGCCAUCCAGUGGGGCCCCAUUGAUGAUGUCGGCCUUUUCCACCAGACAAUAACUUCGGAUAUCGAGAGCUAUGGGCUCGUACCACAACGGAUCGCUUCUUGCAUUUCAGCGAUGGACCGGUUCUUGAGUCAAAGGCGAACUAUUGUUUCCAGCUAUGUGAAGCCUCAUCAGUCCACCAAGGAGGACAGCAAGAAGAAGCAUGAUCCUGCGCAUCCUGUUGCACGCAUUCUUGGCAUCAGCGACCCAUCAAGUCUGAACCCGGACGUUACAUUGAGCGAGCAUGGCAUGGACUCGCUCAUGGCUGUCGAGGUGAUGCAGACACUGGAGAGAGACUUUGAUCUAGUCCUGUCUACGCAACAGAUCCGGCAACUAACCAUCAACGAGCUGCGUACACUCAAUGAUACUGGCUGUGCGAGUAACGUCGCCUCUAGAAACACCAACACAACACGCAAGGAAAAAGACUUCGUCGACUUAUCAAACUCGCCACGGCUCAUGCUGUUCGACAAAGCAGUACAUGAAAACUUCGUGGUUGAAAUGAAUGGCCUCGGAGGAUCCAGCCCAGUGUUCUUCCUGCAUCCAAUCGAGGGUCAUGUGCGUGCCUUGACAGAGCUGGCAGGGUACCUUCCUGUACGCGCUGUUGGACUACAGCGGACAACCGACGUACCUUUGCGGUCAAUCACAGAAAUGGCAUCGACUUACUUGAAGGCAAUGCUGACAACGCAGCCCAGUGGUCCGUAUCACAUGGUGGGAUAUUCAUACGGUGCAACGGUGGCCCUUGAGGUAGCUGUGCAGCUACAGGCUUCCCGAGCCACCGUAGGGAGCCUAACCUUUCUCGAUGCUGCACCACAGUACGUGCGCGUGGUUUCGGGUUACCGACGCGACCUUCUGGAUCAAGAAACCGAAGAGCAAGAUACAAAUAUCCUCUGUGCCUACCUCAUGCAGUACGUGGACGCCGACUUUACCGAGGUGCGCGACAAGCUAAGCCAGUGCAAGAACUUUGACACCAAACUAGACGUGGCCAUCAACAUCCUCCUGAAAGCUUUUGGAGACGAGCAACCGAGCCGGGAAGACCUUGCAAUUAGCAUGUCUACCUUCCGUGACUGUCUGAAGGCCGGAAGUACUUACGAGCCAGAAGCCAAGUUCAGUGGGAACGUAGUGCUUGUCAAGGCAUCGCAAGCACGAGACAUGGCACGACGGCUACCGCCCGACUACGGUUUAUCGGAGUGCUGUGAUGGAGAAGUCGACGUCAGAGUGGUGGAUGGCACACACGAAAGCUUCAUUCUCGGUGAAGGUGCAAAGCAGUGCGCAGCCAUUAUCAGCCAGCAGGUGCGGCGCUGAAACACGGUGGGCCUUGUACCACACAGGGUACACACGGCAUCAGGGAAGGUGCAUCGGCCGCUGCGAGAAAGAAGAUGCGUAACCUGAUGAAGUGAACACUAUUUGACUGCACUUUAUUUUUGGGUGUUUUAUAAGGUCUGUUAAAAUUUUGUGAUUCAUGAUAACAUGUCUUUUAAUAUACUCGCAAGGUAGCGUUGAAGUAAUUUCCUAAUAAAAAGUUU